GUGUCAUGGAUGAUGACGGCAUAAAUGCCAUGUCUAUUGACAAUAUACCUGAAACUGAAGUAUCUGAAAAUGAGACAGGGGAGUUUGAGGAAAUGGCUAGCGACUUGGAUUGGUAUAAGUACAAUGCUCAUAAAGAAGAAGCUUUUGAUGCUCGUCCUUUUCAAGGUGUCAGUAUGGAUGGACCUAUAGAAGCGAAGUUAAGCAACACCGUAACUGAUGAUCCUGCCUUAGAAGCCAGCCUCAAAAUCUUUCAGUAUGCAAAAAAGAAGGGCGUUUCAAGGGAAGAUUUUGAUGGUAUAAUUGGUAUGGUAAAUAGCCAUAUCAAGAAAUGCUUUCCAAAGGCACCCUUUUUGUACUCUGAUUCUAAAUUAAGAGACUGA